UUUUUAGAUAUCUGUAUCUGGUAAAAAUAGAUAGAUUUUCAUAUAUAAAACAUAUAUAUAAUAUUUCUCUUAAUUUUUAAAUUUUAAAUUUCAUUUUAAUAAUUAUGAAAUAAAAAAUAUCAAUCAAAUAUCUAUCUAAAAUUUUGAUAGAAAAAAAAUUCGCGAUGGUCAGCGUUCUCCCGUAAAGCUAAAAAGGUGGGAGCCGGUAUAAAGAGAGGAAAUACUCGAUGGCGAUGGCCAGUGAGUUCAGUGAGAGUGCCGUGAUCCUUUUACCGAUCUACUGUGAAAGUCAACCAUGAAGUUACUGGCACUGGUUGCGUUCAGCUAUUGCUCGAUCAUCGUCGUACUGUCGGAAAGUGCAGAGAGCACGAAGGAACAGGAUUUAAAGGCACGCGCGUCGAAACAACUCGAACGAUUAGCCCCCUAUCGACGAGUGAACGACAAGAAGCAAGCGAUAUCCGACGAACAAUGGCAAUUGCUCGAGAAUGCAGCCAAGGAUCCGGAAAUCAGGGCGUUCAACGAGGAAAAGAUCUUGGAGAUCUAUUGGCUUCUUCCCGAAAACGUGCAAAAGGACAUAAUGGAGAAAGUUGGCGGGGGUCGAGAGUUGAUCGAGACGCUGGCGAGUAAGAAGUACACGGCGUUGAUGGAUGAUAAAGAUAUCGAUAAGAGGUCAGGAUCGAAACGCGAGACGUACAGUCACGACGGUUACGAGACGCCAACCAGCGGAUAUCCACCGCAGGAAUACGCGGAGUACGCGCCAGAUUACGGGGAUCAAUAUGGGAAACCUGAAUCGUCCGGAUCCGAUUCUGGAUCGAUCCUAAAGGGAUCCGGGAGUUUGAUCAGUGGCAUAGCCAAAGGCAUUAUCGGUGGCCUCGUCAGUGCAUCGGGAAGCGCAUCGAAAGGUUCAUCCUCGGUCUCGGCCUCGAGUUCUCAGUCAAGCGUCCAAUCAAGCUCGAAUAGCGGUGAUAAGCCAAAGCCAAGGCCGGAAUAUGGACAAGUUUACUCGUAUGGCGAAAAGGUGUUCGACGUUUGGGACUUCAAAAAGGCGAUCAUUAGCACAUUAAUGCAAGCCGUAAAAGCUAUAAGUGGAGGUGUGAUUGCUUUGAAAGGUCAGCUAUUGAAAGGAAGCGGUUACCUUGUCUCUUCAAAGGGAAAAAUAAUUAGUAAAACUGGGGACGUGAUCACUACAUUGGGUCGAAAUAUAGCUAAGAGUGCCGUGCAACCUCGUACGGAGCCGCCCCAUCCCACGUAUUUGUACGAUCAUCCUCCCCCACCAAUUAGUCACGAAGAUAUUUACGAAGGACCUCCUCCACCCGAUCACGAGGAAUAUAGCGGGCACCACGGAUAUCACGAAAAUGCGAAUUAUGAAUCCUCGGAUAUCGAAGACCAGGCGGGCCUACUUAUUGCGAAACCGACGAAACCUGACAACCAUGAUCACCACACUGUGAAUUUGGAAAUUCGAAAACCAGCUGUGACGCAUCCGGAAGACGAUUAUUACGGGCCACCACCUGAAUUACCACCCCACAAAGAUAUCGAGAACACCGUGAUACCGAAUUAUCAUUUUAAUCAAGACGACCACAAAGUGAACUCCAAUUCUCCAUUGCCGUCCAGCUACGACGUUAUGAUUCAACAUUCGUCGAAUGAUCAAAAUGGAUACGAUUAUCCAAUCUAUCCUCCACUUGCUCCCAGUCCUCCGUCGAAUCUUCACGUCUCACCGUUCACAGAUUCGAUUCAACAGAGCAUCGAGUAUCCACCUAUACACAUUCAAUAUCAUUCUAUCCCCGACGAAGGAAACUUGCAUUUUCCAAAGAGUGACACGUCUGGCAACGAUUUGUCCAUGUACUCGAGCUUGUCGAUAGAUACGAAUCCUAAAAUAGAAUCGAUUAAAAUAUCCGCGGAAUUACCCAAGUUGCAAUCUCUUGCAAACAUCUCCAAGAGUCCGUUGCUUCCAUAUUCUUACUCCAUGCUACAGGAACCUUUAAAGAUACCACUACUGACUCCGUAUUGGCAAUAUCAGGGAUCGAUUCAACCUUUCACUAAUUUCAACAUGCAUGGAUUGUAUCAGAGAAAAAAUAGUGGACAGAGAAGAAGAUCCAUAAACGAAUUUCACCGUAUGAGACUACCUAGAGGGUAAAUUGAAAGACAGUGGUCUACUCCUAUGCCCAUUAUUAUCCGUAUAAUGGAUUUAAAAGACAUCGAUAUUAUCGUACUAAACACAGGAAGAAUUAACUUUAAAAUUUGAAACUUAAAGUGAGUGGAAAAAAAAAAAUUAAACGGGUGUGUUAUAAUGUAUAUUACUCGAUUGAGAAUUAGUUAGGCAUAAUUUAUCUACCUACGUAUAUAUGUGUCCGUGUUGCGGCUUUCGCCUCGUUACAAAGGAAGAAGACUAAGAAAUUUCAUGGAUGGAUUCAAUCAUGCAUGGACGAAUCUUCUUGGGAUUAUUCUGGAAAAAGAAAGCGGUCCAUCGUGUAAAUUAGAAAACGAUAAAUGUUGUUGAAUUUUAAGUUACAAGCAUGAGUCAAUGUAGAGGAUACUCAUUGUAAAUGAUUUUAUCUUGUGAUAUAUGUUGAAUCGCUAAUAAGUUGUUUUUUUUCUUUUUCUUUUUUUUUUUCUUUUUUUUUUUUUUUGUGUGUGAUUGCAACAUUAAGGUACAAUUUUUAUAUCUAGUUGUCUUGUUUUUAGAGCUUUUUAUAUGAUGCUUAUUGAUUAUUAAUUUUUAAGAAGAAGAUGAAUGUGGUGUAUGAAAGUAUAUAACGAAUUCAUUAUGCGUACAAAUGCAAAUGAAGCUCGAGAAACUUUUAUGUAAUGAAGGAGGCCAUAA